AUGCAGCUUACCAGAGAUUGCAGGAUGAACAAGAUGGCCCCCCAUCUGAGGUGUAAGAGCUGCAGGAAAUGGCAAGAUCACUGCUACCAGGAGCACAUGGCGAGGGAGAGGGUGAGUUUCUUCAAGCUCAUGACCGGAGAUUUUGCGCAGGGCAUUAGCAUACCGGAGAAGUUUGUGAGCAAUUUAAAUGGGCAGAUCACCAAAGUGUUCAACCUGAAAGCACCCAGUGGCGAAACAUGGCUUGUCGACGUCACAAAGAAUGCGGAUGAGCUGCUCUUAACGUCAGGAUGGAAUGAUUUUGCCAGAGCACAUGAGCUACAAGAGAAUGACCUUGUGAUCUUCACAUACAGUGGCAACUACUCCUUUGAUGUCCUGAUCUUGGACUCAAGUGGCUGCGAGAAGGUGUCUUGUUUCUUCACCACUAAGAAGGGUCCUUGCAUGCACAAGCAUUUCGAUGGCAGAGUGUAUCAACAAGCUGAACACCACAUGCUUAGUGAUUCUGAUGACUUAGGAAUGCCGUUGCGCCUCGUUGCGUCCCCACACAGGACCUCUACUUCAAAGAAGGGUGGCAAGACUAAACCAAGGAAAGAGCCUGAAUCUCCGAUCAAUAGCAAUUACCAUAUCAAGCAAGAGGUGAUGAGCGAUGAAGAGCAGAGCGCCGAAGACAGGCUUGCCGAUUCCACCUACUACUAUUACUCAAAGUCUGCCAAGAUCCUAACUGGUGGUGAACGGGAUCAAAUAUUCAGUUUGGCUUCAAUUCAACCAGGCAAUCCAGCAUUUGUGGCUGUCCUGCUGAAGUCCCAUGUUGGGUACAAGAACAACAUGCUGACCAUCAACCAUGGAUUUGCAGCAGAGCACCUUGAGGGGAGAUCCCAUGAGAUCCUGCUCCUCAGGCCAAACAGGAAAGAGAAGUGGUACGUCAAGUACUACCACGCCAGCCACACCAGAGGCUUCAACUGCUGCCGCUGGGUCAAGUUCGUCCGCGACAACAGGUUGCACAAGGACCACAUCUGCGUCUUUGAGCUGAUGAAACGCGCCAAGAGAACGACGAUGGUUGUCCAUGUCCUCAGGAAGGUUGAUGGGAGGCUUAUGCUGGUGGCCUAA